UAAAUGUUGGCUCAGCUGAGGGUUCCACUACUUUCAAUUUCCCCAACCACUAGUCUUUGACUCUUUAUAGGCCUGCCCCAUAAUUUCCAACUUUUUAUUUCAAAACUUUGUCGGCUGUGGUUGUGUUUGUGUUAGGACUGCAAAUGGAAACUUCAGCUGAAAUGCUUUCCCCGCCGCCGCCGGCCGCCACAAGGUUGCUCGAGAUCUGCCGUGUCACUCCGUCAACGCCACCUUCCGCCCAGUACACCCUACCCCUCACUUUCUUCGACACCCUCUGGCUGAAAUUCCCUCCCGUGGAGCGAAUCUUCUUCUACAAGCUCUCCGCCACGUCAUCAUCAUCGCCGCCCGAAUUCCACGCCGCCGUCGUCCCCCGCCUGAAGCGCUCCCUCUCCCUCGCCCUCUCCCGCUUCCUCCCCAUCGCCGGGACCCUCACCUGGCCGGCCGACGCCGACAUCCCCUUCAUCCUCCACACACCGGGCGACGGCGUCUCCCUCGCAGUCGCCGAGUCCACGUCAUCCGACGGCGACGACUUCGACCUUCUCUCCGGGGACGGGCCGCGCGACGCGGCUAUCUCGCGCGCUUACGUGCCGAAACUCGCCGUUUCGGGGUCGAACGCUGCCGUUUUGGCGCUGCAGGUAACUCUGUUUCCGAACAAGGGAUUCUGCAUCGGGGUGGCGUGUCAUCACGCCGUUAUGGACGGGAAGAGCUCGGCGAUGUUCCUCAAGGCUUGGGCUCAUAUUAGCAGGUGUGAUGACGGCGACGGGACCUUGACGCAGGAAUUGACGCCGUUUCUUGAUCGGACGGUGGUUAAGGAUCCGGAUGGGAUAGCAUUGGAAGACGUGAAGACGUGGAUGGCUAUCUGCGGUGCAGAGGAUGACACGAGAAGCUUGGAGUUUAUGCCGGAGACUGUGCUUAAUGUUUCCGGAUCAAAUAAGGUUCGAGCAACGUUCAAGCUGGCCAGACAAGACAUCCUAAACCUCAAACAAAGCACGAUGUGUCAGUUGGAAAGCAAUAAUAAUGAUACUUGUCUGGAAAUCAAGCCGAACAAUUUAUCAACGUUCGUCAUCACGUACGCAUACACACUUGUCUGCAUGGCAAAAGCCAAAGGGUUGGAGGACGACAAGAAGGCAUUCUUCGGAUUCUCGGCAGACUGCAGAUCCCGAUUGGAGCCGCCAUUGCCUUCCAAUUACUUCGGCAACUGUGUAUUUGCCUUUGCUGCUGACCUUGCCAUUGGAGAUUUGGUUCAUGAAGCUGGGAUCGCAUCUGCCGCUCACAAACUUGUCGAGAUGAUAAGGGAGAUAGAUCAAGGUAUACUUAAGGAAGCCAAGGGGAAGCUAGGGAGGAUGUUCCGUGUGGCGGCGACAAGCUUAGAGGGCGGACAGAUCUGGGUCGGGGUAGCCGGGUCGACCCGGUUAGGGGUUUACGGAGUGGAUUUCGGGUACGGGCGACCGGAAAAGGUGGAGAUCACGUCGAUUGACAGAUCGUUGGCUAUGUCAAUGGCGGAGAGUGGUGACGGAAGCGGCGGCGUUGAGGUUGGCGUUGUUAUGGAGACGCAGGAGAUGGCGGACUUCACCUCUGCUUUCAUCGACGGGAUUAAUAAAGUUGCCUGAGCUAGGAACCAAAAAAAAGAAAUAAAAAAAAUUCUGGUGUACUAUUGUUAAAAAAAGAUUGAUGAAUAUGUGGUGUGAGGGAGGUAGCUGAAACGAGCGGCGAUGGAGUAUUUAGUACCCACUGAUAAAGAAGAGCAAAGUGGGCCGCCGGCUGCCGGCGAGUUAAUUGAGGUUUGGUUUGGAAGUUGCAAGUUAGAAUUAUUUUGUUGAGAUUUUUUUACGAUGGAUGGGUUGGUUUGAUUUUGGUGAUAGUUAAAUUGAUGUAUUGUCAUCAAUAUAUGUAUAAUAAUAUGCAUGUAUAUAAGAAAAUUGGUGUAUUGUAUUUAACAUCGUUUGGUUUUUGUGAUAGUUAUUGUAGUAUUUAAACAAGUUAUAUUAGUUUAUGGGUGAAAUGUCACUUUUACCCUUUAUUUUUAAUAUUAAAAAGUAACACACAUAAAAAGGUAGGACAUAGUUGGAAGAAAAAAUACUGAAUGGUUAAAGGUCGUCCUAAUAAUUACUAACCAUCGUCCUAACUUAAUAUGUAAUUUACCGAAUUGCCCAUUUUGAAUUUCAAAAUCAAACAACCCCUCCCCUUCCAUAAAUCUAAAAAAAAAAAGAUAAACCAAAAUUCAACAAAUUAUCUUAUGGACCGAACCAUAAAUCGUAGUAAAAGAAUAGAAAAUUAUUAAUAUUACCAAACAAAUCCAAAAAAAUUCCAAAACCCCUCAACCGAAGCCAAUUUUCGGUUGUACCAUGGACCAACCGAAAAUCACCUUCGGUUGCACCAUGGUACAAUCGAAAAUUGGCUUCGGUUGAAGGGUUUGGAAUUUUUUUUUGAAAAAAAAUCGGAUUUUUACCUAGUCGGAGUUGCUACUCAUGAUGCGGACGUAUUCCCAACGAUUACGACUCGAGAAUGUCAAAGAUGAAUUCGAGAGUGUGGGAAAUUGAGUGUUUUUCAUAUAUUUUUUUAGUCAAAGUGAUGUUUGUUUGCUAAAGAUGCCAAAGGAUUAAAAGUGUAGCUUUGUUAUUUUUUAGGACGAUAAAUAGUAAUUUUAAGG